GCUUGAACGAGCUCUUGGUACUCUCCGUUGGUCUUUCUGAGUUGCUUCCGCUGCACAAUGAGCAACAUUUUGUACCCUUCAACGGGUUGGACGAGCAGUUUGGCUCGACUGCCGCGGUUGCGGGACCGUGACCACAGCCAACUCGCGUGCGCGCCCGGAACGGGAAAAAAGGCUCGCCGAAGCUACAAACUUCUCACCGAGAGCUAUGUCAUCACAUCGACUCUACGUGCGUGCUACGAGCAAGAAAAGAACGCCAGGUACUUCAUAAAAGCACGGUGCUACCGCAGCAAAAAGAAGACACAAACACCUUAUCUUGUUUGUGCCACCAUCAGUGGCGAUGGUAGUGUGCUUGACGGGAAAUGUGAGUGCCCUGCUGGAAACCAUUUUUGCAGCCAUGUUCAGGCAGUGCUGGACACACUUCGACUGCUGCAAGAGAAAGGAUUUGGUGAGGUUCCAGCUCACAUGUCGUGCACGGAUUUACCACAGUACUGGAGGCGGCCACGGGGCAACACUAUAAAAGGAAGCAGCCUUCAGAAUGUCGACUGGCGAAGAGUGGGUGAGGGUGGCCGUGACUUGCCGUUGCCAUGUCGCCUUGACCUCAGUGCAAUCAAGGAGAGGAACGUAGAAGACUGGAGGAAGGACCUUGCCCAGUUUGCUCAAGCCCUUUCAGAUGCAAACGCAGACAGUGCCCUAGUAACCGUACUAGCUGCUGCAGACCGUGCCCCAGUGUGCAGCUCCAGAUGUGGCACCGUAUUUUGUGGCUCACCACUUGCGUACCAGCAGCCACUCGUGCCUCAUGGCUUCACUGUCCUCCUCUGCAGCUAUCUCGGGGAGAAGCUCAACAAGCAUGACAAGAGUGCUACACCGUGCCUGCCAAAACCCAUGGUGCCAUUCACUGGAAGCAGCCAGUGGGCUAUACCAGGUGGCAUCAGUGGUGGUAAAAGACGCAUCUUGGAGAAAAUUGUGUUCAGUCCUCUGCAAGCACAGUGCUUAGAGAAGAACUCCCAGCAGCAGCGAGCCAGCCAAACAUGGUGUCAAGAGCGAAAACACCGGCUGACAUCGUCAAACUUUGGCACUGUGCUUAUGCGCAGCCAUUGGAGCAGUAAAGGGCUUGGCCACCUGACAUCAGCAAAAGACCUAUCUAGGGUUCCUGCUGUCCGGUACGGCAUUGCCAACGAGGCAAGAGCUCUCCAGCGUUAUCAGGAUGUUCUCAGGCACACAGGACAGGACGUGGAGCUUCAAAGCGUAGGGCUGUUUGUCAACCCAGAACAGCCAUGGCUUGGAGCUUCCCCAGAUGCCAUUGUUCAUGACCCUGUGGAAGACCCACCGUGGGGUUGUGUUGAAGUGAAGUGUCCUUAUAGCAUGAAAGAUGCAGACCAAGAGAAGCUUUUUUCAUGCCGAGACAUUUGCGUGUCUUUUGACAGCUUGAACCACCCCGCACUGAAGCAGUCGCACCCAUACUUCGCUCAAGUGAUGGGCCAGAUGGCCAUCACAAAACUACAGUGGGCAGACUUUGUUAUGUACGGUGAAAACUACAUUUGUGUGCAAAGGGUCCGGUUUGACGAGAAAGUGUGGCAUGAAAUGAAAGCCAAGCUGGAUAGUUUUUAUUUUGACACACUUUUGCCAUACUUUGUGAGAAACGUGGGUUGAGUGCAGCGAGUUUUUUUGAAAAGGCCCCUGACAGGGAAAUUUUUGGUUGUGACUUUUCUGUAAUUUGUAGCGUUGUGUCUGGUAAUGCCGACAUUGAAUCGUAAAUGCUCUAACAUAUCGUAUAAUUAAUGCUAGCGUUGCUAUAUGUGACCAAUUUAGCGCCACUUUGAAAUGCCCGCCUAAAAUUGUUAGAAACUAGUACCCCGCAGCAGGGGAGCACUAAGAGCACGUGCGUUUAAGCUUUGGUGAUGU